AUCACGAAUCUCCAGAGGGUCCAGCUUGCGUCGGCAGUGUAUGAGGAUAGCAGAGUCCCUACGGUGUUCAGAAUGAACAAUGGAACUCGAUACCUUUUAAAGGUACCAGCAGGCGACAGGCUCCCCCUCCCCUUCCUUUUCCCACCUUCAGUGGUUCAUUUCAUUUGUUAGAACUCACCGGAGCCAGUCAUCGAUCUCCUUCCUCUUCAGAUGGCACAGCAAAAGGUUGUCUUGAAGGUUCUGGCCAUGGUUGAUGACAAAACCAAGCAGAAGGCCAUCGGAGCUGUGGCAGAGAUUUAUGGCAUUGAUUUCAUAGAAGCUGAUCUGAAGGAGCAGAAGAUGACCAUCAUAGGUGAGAUGGACACAAUUGCCAUAGCUAAGAAGUUGAAGAAGAUGGGAAGGAUCGAUAUAGUAUCAGUUGGACCGGCUAAAGAGGAGAAAAAAGAAGAGAAAAAAGACGAGAAGAAAGAAGAGAAGAAAGAAGAGAAGAAAGAGGAGAAGAAAGAAGAGAAGAAAGAAGAGAAAAAAGAAGAGAAGAAAUGAAUGAUCAAGUGGCAGCACGCCAGCAUGGUCUUUCGUCACAAUAAACUGAGGAGCUAUCCUGUGUAUCGUUAAUGGCGUCAAGAAAUCGUCAACAUCUUGCAUCAAAACCAUCCUCAAAUCUUAUGAGUUGCACAUCAUAAGAAUAACCCCCCCCUUGGAAACAUUUUGCUGUAAUGAAGAGCAUCCGUCUUUGAAAUAGCCUUGAUAGGCUCAUGCGUUGCUUA